GCUGCGACUGGGCGGCUGUGGCUUUUCUUUUGUUGGUGUGUGCUGCAAGCGUAAACGUGUGCGCAAUGGCCUUUUUUGUUCUCUGGGAAGAAUUUAUGUAUUAGUACCUGGAAAUUAAUUCAACUUCGGCAUAAUUAUUCAGAAAGCAUGACCAAGCGCAGUUUCCACACCUUUCUGAGUCAUAUAUGGCACAAGGUUUCAAACGGCGGACCGAUGUGGUUUCGCGUAAACUUAACGUCGAGGUAGCGGUAAGCUCGGGAAAAUUAUUACAAACUACUGUGACCUGUGGGAAAACCCGGCCUUCAGUGCACUUAGCAGCAGCUGAACCCGGAAAGCGCCCUUAACAAGAUGCUGCGUACACAUCCUGAAGAAAACUGGCGUCCGUGCUGCGUUACCAAUAACAGGCGCCGUCGAUGCCGUCUACCAACACCCGCAUGGCCAAGGAACCGCAUGUGUCGUCUGCUACCAAGAGCCUUGCACUACGUGCACGAGAAAAGAACUUGCGGAGAGUCUAGUGCCAAAGUGUACAUGAACUCGCGCAGCACCACGUCAUUUCGAGUGCCGAAGUGCAGGUGGCUGCACCCCCUGAACUAGUGCAGGAAGUGCAGCCAAAUCCUUUGGUCUCAAUUUCCGAUCACAGCGCCGUUAUUUUUCGCCGCUCGUACGCCUAACCGGCCUCACGAACGUGCGCUUGUCCCACUAGUCACGUACACUGAAUGGGGGGCGUGCUGUUCUUGAGAGAAGCGUCACGUCGAUCGCCGGCUUCGUUCCGUGCGCUCAAAGAUGGUGAAAAAAGUUGUCACAAGGUCCUUCGACGAGUUCCAGGAUGCAAUCAAAUCGCUGGAAACCAAAGACGCAAAGGAUAGAAAAGAUUUGGUGCUGUGCUUCUUCGCUGGGUCAGAAGAUGCAAAGGGCGAUAGCUGGUGUCCUGACUGCGUCGCAGCAAAACCCAUUCUGGAAGCAGCGCUCAAAAAGGCCCCCGAGAAAACGACACUGAUCAUGUGCUACAUUGAGAGAGCAAUCUGGAAAGACAUGAGGAACCCAUUCAGAACUGACAAAGAACUUGAGUUGAAAUGCAUUCCAACACUGAUUCGAUGGGGUACAGCUCGGAGGUUAGAUGACGUACAGUGCCAGGAAAAGGACAUGGUUGAGAUGCUCCUUGAAGACUAAGCAUUUCAACAGUGCUUACACAUGCAAAAAUAAAGCUUGACUUGUCUCAUACA